UCAGGGAGAGGCCGCGCGGCCAUGGCGGGGCCGUUGCGGGUGGCGGCGCUGCUGGCGGCGGCGCUGGCGGUGGCGGUCCGGGCCCCGGCCCCGGAGCGGCGGCAGGAGGCGGCGGUGCGGGCUCUGGCUCGGCGCCUCCUCGGCCCCCGGGCCGCCGCCGCCGUGGCGCUGUCGGUGGACGGGACGCUGGCGGCGGGCGGCCCCGACGCUUACCGGCUGCUGUCGCCGCCCGGUGCCGCCGUGGCCGUGGCCGUGACCGGUUCGAGCGGCGUGGCGGCCGCCGCCGGGCUGUACCGUUACCUGCGGGACUUCUGCGGCUGUCACCUCUCGUGGGCCGGGGCGCAGCUCCGUCUGCCCGAGCCCCUGCCGCGGGUACCGGCCGAGAUCCGCGCCUCCACCCCCAACCGGUACCGCUACUACCAGAACGUCUGCACCCAGAGCUACUCCUUCGCCUGGUGGGACUGGGCGCGCUGGGAGCAGGAGAUCGACUGGAUGGCGCUGAGCGGCAUCAACCUGGCGCUGGCCUUCGUGGGGCAGGAGUUCGUCUGGCAGCGGGUUUACCUGUCCCUGGGUCUGAACCAGUCGGAGAUCGACGCCUACUUCACGGGGCCGGCGUUCCUGGCGUGGAACCGCCUGGGGAACCUCCACAGCUGGGCAGGGCCGCUGCCGCGCUCCUGGCACCUCAAGCAGCUCUAUCUGCAGUACAGGGUCGUGGAGAGGAUGCGCUCGCUGGGGAUGAUCACGGUGCUGCCGGCCUUCGCGGGCCACGUGCCGCAGGGGGUUCUUCGGGUUUUCCCGCGUGUGAACGCCACUCGCCUCGGGGGCUGGAGCCACUUUGACUGCACCUACUCCUGCACCUACCUGCUGGACCCCGAGGACCCCAUGUUCCAGGUGAUCGGCACCCUCUUCCUGAAGGAGCUGAUCAGGGAGUUUGGCACCGACCACAUCUACAGCGCCGACACCUUCAACGAGAUGAGCCCGCUGUCCUCCGACCCCGCGUAUCUCUCCAGGGUCAGCAACGCCGUCUUCAGGUCGAUGACGGGAGCCGACCCCGAGGCGCUGUGGCUGAUGCAGGGCUGGCUCUUCCAGCACCAGCCGGACUUCUGGCAGCCGGCGCAGGUGCGGGCGCUGCUGCACGGCGUGCCCCUGGGCAGGAUGAUCGUCCUCGACCUCUUUGCCGAGUCCAAGCCCGUCUACCCGUGGACGGAGUCCUUCUACGGGCAGCCCUUCAUCUGGUGCAUGCUGCACAACUUCGGCGGCAACCACGGCCUCUUCGGCACCGUGGAGGCCAUCAACCGCGGCCCCUUCGAGGCUCGCCGCUUCCCCAACUCCACCAUGGUGGGCACCGGGCUGGCGCCCGAGGGCAUCGAGCAGAACGACGUGGUGUACGAGCUGAUGAACGAGCUGGGCUGGCGCCACGAGCCCCUCGACCUCCCCGCCUGGGUGUCCCGCUACGCCCAGCGCCGCUACGGCGCCCCGAACGCCGCCGCCUCCUCCGCCUGGCGCCUGCUCCUCCGCAGCGCCUACAACUGCACGGGCGUCUGCGUCAACCACAACCGCAGCCCGCUGGUGCGCCGCCCGUCCCUGCACAUGGACACGCAGCUCUGGUACAACGCCAGCGACGUCUACGAAGCUUGGAGGCUGCUGCUGAGCGCCGGCGCCGCGCUGGGCUCCAGCCUCACCUACCGCUACGACCUGGCGGACGUCACGCGCCAGGCGGUGCAGCAGCUGGUGGGCGACUACUACCUGAGCAUCCGCGGCGCCUUCCAGAGCCGCGCGCUGCCGGAGCUGCUGACGGCCGGCGGCGUGCUGGUGUACGACCUGCUGCCCGAGCUCGACAGCCUCCUCUCCAGCCACGGCCUCUUCCUCCUGGGCCGCUGGCUGGAGAGCGCCCGCGCCGCGGCCACGAGCGAGCGGGAGGCCGAGCUGUACGAGAUGAACGCCCGCAACCAGGUGACGCUCUGGGGACCGAGCGGGAACAUCCUGGAUUACGCCAACAAGCAGCUGGGAGGGUUGGUGCUGGAUUAUUACGGCGUGCGCUGGAGCCUCUUCGUCUCUCUCCUGGUGGAGAGCCUCAACUCGGGCAGCCCCUUCCACCAGGAGCAGUUCAACCAGGCUGUUUUCCAGGUGGAGAGGGGCUUCAUCUACAACAAGAAGCGUUACCCCACGACGCCCGUCGGUGACACGCUGGAGAUCUCCAGGAAGCUUUUCCUCAAAUACUACCCCGGGGCCAUGAAGCAGAGCCGGGCUGGGCCAGCAUGAUUUGGGGCCGUGCCUCUCGGAGCCUCCCCCGGUGAGGAGAGGGCAGAGACCCCGCAUCCUCGCGCGUCGAGGCUCCCGCAGCUCCUCGCCUGAUGGCCGUGUCCCUCCCUGAUCGCCGUGUCCCGGUGGUGCUGGAAUGAAGGCGCAGAGCCCCCCUGGGACCAGGCUGCGUGCUCUGCAUGGGCAGGGUGAGCCCCGGAGGGGGGCUGGCAGCCAGCUGUUGGGGCAGGCUGUGCUCCAGGGACCG